GCUGUAGCACGGACACUACCGGCUGUUAUUUACCCAGGCAUUCUUGAUAAGAUUACUGCUGUGUUUAAGAAGUAAAACCCUGCAGUUCAACUCUCGCACCCCUCCUUCUUCUAUACAGGGAAUUAUAAAAAGCUUGAUUGUGAGCUUGCUGGGUGGCUGAAGCUAGCAACUUAUUUAAUAAGUAACUCUCUCUCUCUCUCUCUCUCUCUCUCUCUCUCUCUCUCUCUCUCUCUGUCUCUCUGCAACUUGGCCUCCAGCACAGAUCCAGUACUCACUCCUGGACCUCUUUCGUUACUGGUGUUCUCUCUAUCUCUGUUUCUACCCCAUUCCCCCAUCUUUCUAUGGUUAAAUGGACAAAGCUGGCAUCUCAGAGGCUGCGAGCCCCCUGGCAGGCACUGGUCAGGUCACCGAGGCAACGGCACCCAGUUCUCGGGUGUUUGGCUGCGGCUUUGUGCGACACUGGGUACCCCUGGAGUACAGAGAAGAGCUUUCUCAAGUCCUGCGACUAACAGGGCCUCUGCUUGUCACCCGGAUAUUAAAUUUUCUUCAGCCGUUUGUCAGCACCAUAUUUGUUGGUCACCUGGGGAAUGCUGAACUGGCUGGAUAUGCACUGGCUUCUGCUACCAUUAAUGUGACUACAGCAGCCACAGGAUGUGGUCUGGCCCUGACGUGCGACACGCUGGUGUCUCAGACGUUCGGCGGUAAGAAUAUGAAGCGUGUUGGGGAGAUCAUGCAGAGGAGCAUCCUGAUCCUGCUGCUCUUCUGCCUGCCGUGCUGGGCCGUCCUCAUCAACUCUGAGUCCAUCCUGUUGCUCCUGCAGCAGGAAGCCGAGGUUGCCAGAAUUGCACAUCUGUACGUGUUUGCGUUCCUGCCAGCUGUUCCUGUCUUUUUCCUGCACCAACUGCAAGUGGCUUACCUUCAGAACCAGGGGAUCAUUUUACCCCAGAUGUACACAGCAGCUGUAGCCAAUGUAAUAAACGUAGCGGUGAAUUAUGUCCUGAUUUUCUCCAUGGGUUUGGGAGUGAAGGGCUCCGCUGCAGCCAUUUCUGUCUCACAGUUCUUCAUCGCUCUCCUGCUGUUCGGCUACAUACACUGGAAAAAACUGCAUGUCAGCACAUGGGGGGGCUGGUCCAUGUCCUCUCUACAGGAAUGGGACUCCUUCAUGAAGCUCGCCAUCCCCAGCACAUUAAUGCUCUGCUUUGAGUGGUGGAUCUAUGAAAUUGGAGGUUUCCUCGCAGGUAUGCUGGGAGAGAUCGACCUGGCGGCCCAACACGUGCUGCUGGAGAUGGGAUCGAUCACGUACAUGUUUCCUCUAGGUGUACAUGCAGCAGCGUGUGUCCGCGUGGGCAAUGCUUUAGGGGCAGGAGACACACGUAGAGCUCUGAUUACCAGCAAAGUGGCUCUGUUUGUCUCAGGAGUGUUGGCACUACUACAGGGGAUUGUGCUCGGUUCUACUAAAUCAGUGUUAGGCUUCAUCUUUACCAAUGAUCAGACCAUUGUUGAGAUUGUAUCCGAAAAUAUGACCUUCUAUGUGUUCUUACAGUUUUUUGAUGCUCUUGUGUGUGUAAGCUCUGGGAUCCUUCUGGGUUCAGGAAAUCAGAAGAUAGCAGCCAUAUCCAACCUGAUCUCUUACUACUGUAUCGGACUUCCUUUGGGAAUAUCGCUGAUGUUUGCUGCCAAGCUGAGGAUUCUGGGUCUGACGCUCGGUCUCUUGGUCUGUGUCAUCAUCCAAGCUUGCUUCUUCAUUGUGCUCAUCUUUAAACUCGAUUGGCAGAAGCUGACUGAGAAGGCCCAGAAACGUGCUGGAAGGAAUGGGAAAGUGAACUGUGUAGGACAGAAGGCACCUCUUAGUGUACCAAUCAUGGACAACAUGAUUCCUGAAGAAACAGACAACCCUGAGCAACUAUAUGCUGGAGGAACUAUGGUACGCUCUGUAAACAUUUGCUCCAAAACAAGCGCCUACGCUCCAGCCAGCACCAAAGAUGAGAAACAGGACAAACCUGUGAUGGGUCAGGGGGAAGUGGACGACGGUGAAGCGGGAGAAGUCCGACUCAAAGCCCCGCUAUCCGUCCCUCAGCUGGUGCUGAGGAGAGGACUGGCUGUCCUGGCUGCAGUGUUGCUGCUGGCCGCCAGCAUCGUGGUUCAUGUGACCUGCCCACCUCCACAGCCGUUCAUCCAUCUUAAGAGCAACCUCACUACAGACUGGGGAAACCACACCAGCACUACUGCCUUCCCAAACGCUAUAGCUUCUGACUACCACUUAACAAUGACACCGAUCUGAAUUACGGUGCUUUCGAAACACACGAACCACCAAAGCAAGCAAAAAUUGUGCUGAGGAAUUGCUGUGGUUUUAGUGCAGCCAUUUCUUUAGCAGGUUUACCAAACACCAAACCAGUAUUGAACCACAUUUGUACCUCAACAUUUCUGUAGAUAUGCAGGUGAAGAAGCUGUUCAGUCGAGCUGCUUAACCCUCAAAACGUUUAACACUCCAGUUCUCUCUGAACCCAAGAGCUUGAAAGGGGUCCGGUUGAAAUGUUGUCGAAUAGAUUUUCACCAAAAAAAAUUCACUUAUCUGCAACGAAUAAUAAUAAUAAUAGUUAGCAUGUUAUCACGUUACCGAGACGGGUUGCCAAGUCUGUUUCAGAGCGUUAUGCUAUACAUAUACACAUUAGCAUCGUGACGUAACCUAGCCAGUCCACCUACAGACAUGUUUUUCAGAGGUGUGAUGGAAAACCUGUUAAACUCCACACGCAGACUAAACCCAAGCUCGGGAUCGACCCAGGAACCGUGGCGUGCUUGUCCUUGCCCUGGCAUGCUUCCCCAACACGCGCUAUUAAUGAUUGAUUGUUAUUCUUGAGCUAAUCUGUCUUUUUUUUAUAUGCUCAUAACGUUACAGAUCUAUUCAUGUGUUUGUAAAUGUUUCUAAUAUGACAGCCCACGUCCCGUGUCGUGUUACAAAAUUAUCACUGAAACGGUUUUCUUCAACAAAGAACCAAACUAUCUGUUGUGCAAAGGACAGCUUUAGUUUCCAUUGUUGAAGUUUUUUUUUUAUUUUAAGUCCAUGUCACAAUUUAAUUAGCAUGUUAAGACAUGUUUUUUUUUUGGAAUGACUCACAAUUUUGUAGAACCGUCCUACAGAGUCAAGUUCAACAUCCUGGUAAUUUUUUCCUGUUCCAUCUCACUAAAAAUGUUAAUUAGUAAACGUAUUACUGUUAUGUAACAACUGGAACAAGUGAUUUUUUACAGUCUUACUGACCAUCUAUAGAAACAGGUCAGAAGUUAUUUUUCCAGUGAGAGAACACAAAUUACAAAUCGAAUGGAUUCGUAAAUAAAAGUGACAUCAAGAGACUAAACCUUAAGAAAGCUUUACCUUAACCUAAAGCUUAACGCUUUUGAUAUUAACGAUUCGUAUAAUUUCGUAUUAAUCCCAGUCAUCGUGACAAAGCUGUGUGAGACGACGUCGUAAAAUAUUGAACAUGAAGCUGACUGAAUGUCACAUUAAGAGCGCUGAUCCCCAUCAGUUCUGAUCUCGUGAUCAUCUUCAGGCCUCGGCUUGUGGUUGAAAAUGAAACACCGUUUUGUUUUUAUUCAUAUUAUUAUUAUUAUUUGUUUGUUUGUUUGUUUUUGUUGGUUCCUCCACUAGGCUGUGCUGUAAUCAUAAAUCGCAUUGGAUUGGUACAUAAUAUAAUAAAUGUACUUUUUACAAC